GUGGUCAGCAUCAUCGCUUCGCAUCGCCGGCGUGAAAUCUCUCUAAAAACCAAAUCCCGUCAGAUUUUAUCUGCAUUUCUCCACACUUCUGCUCCUCUCGGUUUUUCAGAUUGCGGUUGCUGCUGAUUAUGGAGAGCGAGGAGAUGAAGAAACCGGUGUUCGAUCAGGAGGCGGGCAGUUUGCUGGUGAAGGAGCUCAGAGCCAACUUCGCAGCAGGAAAGACUCGAAGCUAUGACUGGAGAGUGGCUCAGUUGAAGGGCAUGAUCAAGAUGAUGGAAGAUCACGAGCCGGAGAUCCUUACCGCUCUCCGUGACGAUCUGUCGAAGCCUGAACUCGAGUCUUCCAUCUAUGAGAUAGCUCUACUAAAGAACUCUUGUGUUUUGGCACUCAAGGAAUUGAAACAGUGGAUGAUGCCUGAAAAGGCUAAAACGUCAUUAACCACAUUUCCUUCAUCUGCUGAAACAGUGUCUGAACCUUUGGGUGUUGUGCUAAUUAUCUCAGCAUGGAAUUUUCCUUUUUUGUUGUCUCUUGAUCCAGUUGUUGGAGCUAUAGCAGCUGGUAAUGCUAUAGUUCUAAAACCGUCAGAAAUUGCUCCUGCCACAUCCUCCCUGCUUGUAAGACUGGUAGGCCAAUAUUUAGAUAGUUCCUGCAUAAGAGUUGUUGAAGGAGCUGUUCCUGAAACAUCAGCACUACUGGAUCAAAAGUGGGACAAAAUAUUGUAUACAGGCAAUGGAAGAAUUGGACGCAUUGUUAUGGCAGCUGCCGCAAAGCAUCUUACACCAGUUGUCUUGGAGCUUGGAGGAAAGUGUCCAGUGAUUGUUGAUUCAGGCAUCAAUUUACGAGUCACGGCUAGACGGAUAAUUAUGGGCAAGUGGGGUUGUAAUAACGGACAAGCCUGCAUUUCUCCCGACUACAUUAUAACAACAAAAGAUUAUACACCGAAAUUGGUAGAUGCUUUGAAACAUGAAUUGGAACAAUUUUAUGGAAAGAAUCCACUGGAAUCCAAAGACCUCUCUCGCAUAGUCAAUUCUAAUCACUUUGCUCGCUUGUCAAAGCUCUUGGAUGAUGAUAAGGUUUCUGGUAAGAUCGUCCAUGGAGGUGCAAGAGACAAAACAAACUUGAAGAUUGCUCCCACUAUCUUGCUUGACGUCCCAAGAGACUCUCUGAUCAUGAAUGAAGAGAUAUUUGGCCCUUUACUUCCAAUUAUCACAGUUGACAAAGUUGAAGACAGUUUUAAUGUCAUAAAUUCUUCAGGAACAAAGCCACUUGCAGCAUAUUUAUUCAGCAACAACAAGAAGCUGAAAGAGCAGUUUGUUGUAACUGUCUCUGCAGGCGGUUUGGUUGUCAAUGACACUGCUGUACAUCUUGCCGUACACAGUUUACCUUUUGGAGGUGUUGGGGAGAGCGGAAUGGGUGCGUACCAUGGUAAAUUCUCCUUUGAUACUUUUAGCCAUAAGAAGGCAGUUCUGUACCGCAGUUUUGCUGGUGAUGCACCUUUGAGAUACCCACCAUAUACAAGUAAAAAGAUAAGAUUGAUGAAAGCUUUUCUUGGUGGUAGCAUAGUUGGCAUAAUCCGUGCUUUGCUGGGAUGAUCUUAAGGCUUGAAAAACAAUGAAUUUGGCAAGCUAUU